CUCCCCCUCCCGAGCGCUGCUGCUGCUGCUGAUGCCGCCGAGCCGGCUUCUCUGGAACUGCGCUUCGGAGCACUCCUGUCUACACGCACGCUCACCCCGCUUCGCCUCGCUACCGCGGACCAAAGCGGGGUAAUUCUUCCGUUUCCUCCGCGAAAAAAUCCGAAGGGAGACGAACCAAUGUAAAGUUAUAAUUCGGGCGGGAAGGAAUUUUUUUUUUCAAAAAAAAAAAAAGUCCAACUGACAAAAUGGCGACGAGAAGAGCCUGUUACUAUGGCAACUGUCAAUCACGCCGAAAGAGCCCCGCCCCUCCCAGGCGGGAAUCCGCGCUGAUGGAGAGGAGAGGAACGGCCGAAGGCGGGGCUUGGUCGCCUUGGCGACUGCUGCUUCAUUCCCUUCCCCGCCGUCCGGUGAUAUUAUAAAUUCCGAGGCACGCACCGCUCUUGCUGUCAUUAGCGCCUUCUCGGAGAAGGCUCUGGCUCGCUGCGGUUUUUCUGGGGGAGUCCGUUCGGGAAAGGAGCCGGGGAGCGGCCCGAUGCAUUCUCGGAGACUGCUCCAAGGUUACAGGGAGGUCCGCGGGCCUCAGCGCUACCAAAUCUGUGUUGCGAGGACCCAAUACGGUUUGUGUUCGUCUGCUUUCGCAUUUGGACCUGCCUCGGUGGGAAGCGACCUCGGGAAGAAGACACAGAACCACAAGGCAGGAGGGUGCAGCGCAUUCGGGAUGUACGAGUCAAUUGGCGAAGCGACCUACAAGCUGGAGAGGAGGAUGCCUAAUUUCUAUACACAUAGGACGCUCGGGGCGCUUAAACAGAUCUGCAUUGCUGUUCUCAGCCAAAUUAAUGUCUAGUAUAAGUUUCCGUGAGUUUCCAGACCUAAUACAGAAGCUAAUCUGAGCCUAGUGAAAUAUUUUUGAGUGGCCUACCUAUGGCAAAACAGGAAUGCCAUACCUUCUCACACAUACACCUGCAUUGUCAGAUGUUAAGAACAACCGGAAAGCAUGUGGACAACUAAUUUAACUUUUGUUCAGUCUUCUUUCUCCAAGUCCAAAAGACUCCCUCCAAUUUCUUAGAUAUGAAUUUUUAUUUAUUUAUUUAUUUUACAGAAUGGCAUUCAUGGUAUAAAUCAUUUCAACAAUUCAGUCUUUGACUUUCUGCUCAUAGGCCAAUCUGCAAUGCCUUCCUCCAAUUAACUAUUUUUUUAUUUGCUUGCCAAUUUUUUGGUGUGUAAAUAUGAACACAGGCCAUCAAAUAAGUGCAUGAUGCAUUAUACAUCAGUUUCGCUCACUCAACCUGCAGCCAACCCAUUUUAGCCUGGAUGUGAAGAAUUACUUAUGAACUUUAACUACAGUGAAGCAGAGCAACAUGGUCUUUUAGAAUCACUACCUCAAAAAACUUAAUAAUUUAGUUGGUUAGUCUUAGCUAGAUCUGCUAUAACUAAGGUAAUGUUUAAAGAAGAGAAUGAUGGUGCAAGUUGAAGAAUACAUCUAUUUAGGACAAAAAGUAUAUAUAUUGGGGAGAGAAAAUUAAACAGUGGAAAUGAAGAGAGGAGUAAAACAAUCAUGGGCAGCCUUUGAAAAACUCAGCUUCAUAAUGAAACAAAAAUAUCUCCUUAGAUUUUAAGGAGUUAAAUACAGUCAUACCUCGGGUUAAAUUUGCUUCAAGUUGAGCGAGCUCGAGUUGCGCUCCGCGGCAACCCGGAAGUAACAGAGUGCGUUACUUCCGGGUUUCGCCGCUUGCGCACGCACAGACGCUCAAAAUGACGUCAUGCGCAGAAGCGGCGAAAAGCGAUGCGCGCAUGCGCAGACGUGCUAUCACUAGAUGCGUUACCUCUACUCUAGAUGCGAAUGGGGCUCCGGAAUGGAUCCCGUUCAUAUCUAGAGGUACCACUGUAUGGGCAUAUUACCUGUAAUGUUACAGUGUGGAGAACUGAACCGUGACACAAAGAAACAUGAACAGCUUAAGAAUAACACCUAAGUCAAAAGAUAAUAUAUAUAAGUAGAGUAGAUAAGGCAGGAAUGGGGAAUCGGAGGUAUUUCAAAUACUGCCAUGCAACUCCCACCUGGUAUGACUAAUUGUCAAGGAUGAUGAAUAUUUUGGUCCCACAAUGUCUAGUGGCCUGUAGAGUUCCCAUCCCAUUUAAAGGCUUUUGGUCAGAACCCAACAGGAUUCUACUUCUUAAAUGCACAAGAAUAUGUUUGUCAAAUAUUUUAGUGGAAUUCAUACUUCUGGGAGAGCUUGAUGACCCACAAAUCUCCUUUGAGUUCUCUGGCUUUCCUUUUCCUUCCUUUUCAUUUGCACACAUGGCACAAAUAUUGCCUUAUAAAUGGACUACCAAUAUGUUCAUCUGCUAAAGUUCUGAAGUAUAUUAAACCCUAUUAAAAUAUAUUAUCAGAUUAAUCUGCUGCUAGUGCUAAGCAAGCCUACUGGUAUAUUCAAAAUCUUUUGAAGACUCAAGUGCCAUUAACAACACAGUAUACCACUUUAUACCCACCAUGAAAUUCAUGAAAAGAACAUUCCAUAUGUAAAAUAAACUGCACGGGUACUCUUCGAAGUGUUCCAGUUCUUCAAGACUGGUACUCGAAAUACUUAAUGCUUCCUUUGGAAGAAUUGAAUGGUAUAACUUAAAUGGAUAAAAACCAUAUAAAUUGUGCUUUGCUACUAUUUAGCAAAGAAAUUAGUAAUGGUAGAACAAAUAACUUGUUGUUUCAUAAAGUUAAUGGGGUUGAAGUGUAGCAGAAGUCUCCGAUAAGUAUUUUUAAAGUUAACAUGUUAACUUUCAAGUGCAUGCUUAUUGGAAACAAGUCCCAUUGGAUUCAGUGGGACUUUUCCAAAUCUGAUUAAGAUCUGACUGCUAUUCUUACAUCAGGACAAUGCUCCAACCCAAAGAUUUAUAACACCAAAAGUUAAGUACCUACAACAAAGUUUACCAACAAUGUGCAAAAUCACUAUUCUGGCAUUGCUGCAUUGUAUGAUUCGGAUCAAACUUGUAUUUACUCAGAAGUAAGUCCAUUUGAAUUUAAUAAGGUUGCUAAAUCAUGUUUAUGUUUAGUUAGAUGUAAGUAUCAUUGAGUUUAAUGACUUCACAUAGAUUGCAGCUUAACUCCAAAGUAGAUGUCCAUAGGACGGCAGCCAUGCACUCAAUCCUAUUGAUGUGUAAAAAUAUUCCACUAAGGUUCAAAUUUACCCCUUAUUUUAAAUUACUAGGGUUCUAGGUUAAAUGUAAUAAUGAUCAGCAGUGAGAAAUAGUGUAGGAAUUUAAUGUUACAGGGUUAACUUCAACAUAGUUUGUAACAUUUUCAUUUUUUUUCUUAAUUCUUAGAUUAACAUUGAUACAACUGUUUCGGGUGCAAAAUGCUUUAUUGCAAUUGCUAUCAUUAUUUGUAAGAAUGAGAUUCAUAAUACUAUAAAAUGCUUUUAGCAACCUUAUGUUAAAUUAUUGUGCCCAACAUGCAAAGGAUUCGUUAUUAAACGGCACUGGAAUUAUUUUUUAAAGAUUCAAACAUGAAACAGCCAAUAGUCUGCCAUUUGAAAAAUACUAAAUAUGGAAAUUUAUGAGUCUUCAACAGCUGUUAUUUCAAAACCUAUGGGAAUCCAAGUAGUUCUGCAGCAGAUAUGGCACUCCACUAAUAAGCCUGUUAAAUGAAAGUGAUUCCCAUUUUAAAACAUGGAUUUGUCCCAAGCAAACCAUUUGAAAUUGUUUUCAAACACAAUUAAUGAUUCCUUCAGUUUUGUUUGUGAAAGUAUACAAAGAAUCUCAUGGCCUUAGUCCCAUAAUAGCUCACCUGAGUCAAGUCGCUAGGAUGACAAAAUGUUCCAAGAGAAGAAUGCUCCUUUCAGGGUGCAAUCUGCCCAUGCCCUCUUCCAGAAUAUUCCAUUUCAUCCUUCUUCACUGAUUCUACACCCCUCAACAAAUACUCAGCAUUCUGUGGCCACUGAAUAUGCUCAAUCCUCAUUGGGAUGGCUUAUUUUAGUCUCUACCCCUUCAGAUCUAGUUCUUUAGAACCUUAUGAGUUUCCCUUACGCCUGCUGAAUCCUCAAUUACAGGCAUCUCCCCACUUACACAGGGGUUAUGAUCUGGGGCCCUAUGCGCAUAAACAAAAAUCGCAUAAGUGAGGAGCACCCUAUAAACAUCUCUUAAAUGCCCUCUCUGCUGCUCUCGCCCCAAUCCAGACCAAAAAUAUUGUAUCCAAAAAUAUCCACAACUAGAAUUGAAGUGCUGGGGCCAGCUGGAGACGCACAGAAAAGAGGCUGCUGUGCUACUGUAUGCACCAGCUAUUAGGCUGGGAAGCUGAGCAGCCUAAACAAAGCCUCCCUGUGCCUGUGGUCACAUUAGGGCUUCCUCUGCCCUCACUUAUGGGGAGGGACUCCUUGAGUGCCACAAGGGCCCUCCAGCUCUCUCCCACUGUUUGCAGGUUUGAACUGAAUUAUUUAUUUCCUAGCAUUGCACAUAGGUGGGGACAUGCCCAUACUUAAUGUGUUUGCCAAACAACAUAUCAGAUAAGUCUGAUAUGAAAAAAGGAGGUUCUUAGAAGUUUCAUUUACUAACACAUUUUUCUCCUUUUACAAUACAGUGGUACCUCAGGUUAAGUACUUAAUUUGUUCCGGAGGUCCGUUCUUAACCUGAAACUGUUCUUAACCUGAAGCACCACUUUAGCUAAUGGGGCCUCCUGCUGCUGCCAUGCCGCCGGAACACGAUUUUUGUUCUCAUCCUGAAGCAAAGUUCUUAACCUAAGGUAAUAUUUCUGGGUUAGUGGAGUCUGUAACCUGAAGCGUAUGUAACUCAAGGUACCACUGUAUUAAACCGAGCUAUUGUUUCAGUCAAGUAUUUGUAUCUUGAUUAAUAUUGUUAAUUUGAACCAAGAGCCUCAUGCCAUUGCCCAAGGGUUGGAAUAGGUUUAGCCAAGUCAUUGAUCUUGGACCAGAUCACCAGAUCACAGAGCCCUCUUCAGGUACAGAAAAGGAUACACAACGUCCUCUGGUUGGGAAUGAAGCCUCUGAAUAGUGCACUAAUUUCCAGACCUAGAUCCAGCUCAGAUCCUAGCCUCUGAUUUAAGCGUCAGUCUUCAGCUUCAAUUCCUAGGUUGGAGACAAUUAUAUAGUCCUGGUUUAUCAACUUGCACAGCACCUAAGGCUCAAACACAGCCUUGUGGUUAUCACUACAGCAAUUGGACAUCAUAAUCUUGCUAAAGUUAGUUGUGUGACUUAGUCCCAGUGCUUUUUUCAGAGGGUGCUCAAUGGUAUGCAGUACCGGCAUCUCUUUUUUGUUGCUAAAAACUGUGGCACUUACUGUAACAACUUCAUGGUGACUACCGAUACCUAUUUUUCUAGGAAAAAAGCACUGAGUGUGACAACUUUCAAGAAUGGUUGGUCACUGAAUAUUUUGGCUGGAGUUUGAACCAAAUUACAUAUAACAAUGGGAUUUGAAUUAAUUGCAACUAAUUUGUUCAACUGCUUUUAAUGGGAUAAAGUCAUUGUUACCUUUUUAGCAAGAGAAAGGAGCCAGUAGCUUUAGAUCUGCAGUAGCUUAUUAGUUCCCAUGAGUGUUAUUUUGGUGGAGCUGUGUGCAUUCCAUAUUUUGAUAUUCCACAGGAAAAUAGGUUCCCAGCUGCCACAAUGUUUCCAGUCCAAAGCACUGAACAACUUGGUGCAUAAAGGUGAUUCCGAUUACCGUAAAUGUCUAGAAGAACUUUCUGACAGUAUGAGCUGUUAGACAGCAGAAUGGACUCCCUCAGAAAGUGAUGGACUCUCCUUCCUUGGGGGUUUUUAACCAGAGGUGGGAUGGCCAUUUGUCAUGGAUGCUUUUUUUGAAAUUCCUGCAUUGCAGGGGAUUGGACUAGAAGACCCUUGGGGUCUCAUCAAAUUCUACAAUUCUAAAUACUUUAAGAACACUUCUUUCUGUAGAGUCCUGCCCCAGAGUUAAGACUGCUGGAAAGGCUCUCCCUAGCAUCCAUUCAAUAGGUGUUAUACAUCAGAAGACUACAUGCCUUCUCCAUUGCAGCACCCUGGCUUUGUAAUCCUUUAAACUUGAAAUUCAUUCAACAUUCACACUGUUAAUAUUUAGACAUGACUAUUGAUGUAAGUAUUUUGAGGUUCCCACUGAUGUUCAGUGGAAUUUGGUUUGAUAUUUUCACUAAGUUUUUGUAUUUGAUUAUAUUAACAUUGUUAUUUUAUUGUUACCUGUCUCAAGAUCUUUGGAUUCAAUGCAGGAUACAAAUCAUCAAAUAAAUAAAUAAAAUUUAUGCAAACUUGCU